AUGCAGAGCCGAGGGAGCUUGACCGACGUUGUGAAUGGCUUCGGCGGCGACGCCGUGGCUGAGAUCAGAAAGCGCGAGUUCGAUGCCAUAACUCCUGAACAACUGCUGGAGGGUAUCCGAGCAGACUUCGAAGAACGCCAGUACCUCUGGUCAGGGGACAUCGACACAGAACUCUAUAGCGAAGCAUGUCGAUUCACGGACCCGACGAUCUCGUUUCAAGGCUUGUCCAAGUUUGAGUCCAACAUGCGGAACCUGAAGCCGAUAGUAGAUGCUCUGGUUCCAGAAGAGCAGCGAAGGUGCGUGCUGCGUGACAUUCAGCUUGAGGAAUCGGGCGAAGUCGUAGCCAAAUGGAGCAUGAUCGGGAGUGUGAGCUUGCCAUGGUCACCUCGAAUCAAUGUAGGCGGCAAGACUCGAUACACUCCAGGCGAGGAUGGCCGCAUAAAGUCCUACUUUGAGCAGUGGGAUAUCCCGGCCAGCGAGGCACUGGGGCAACUUCUGCGGCCCACAAAGAGCGACGAAGUGGAGCACUGGCCAGGUCAGUUCCUGGGUGCCGCUCCCCCACAGCCAAAGCGAGUGGCUCGAACGCCUGUGUCCGCAGUUCUUCUCCCAGGUUUCGGCAACGAUGCAAUCGACUAUGCCGAGCCGCUGGGCCAGGACAGUGCGGUCGGGUUGCAGGCCUGCCUCCUUCGGCGUGGAGUUCAGGCGUCGGUCGUUCCAGUCAAGCGCUCCGACUGGUUGAAAGUCUUUGCCGGCUUACUCCUUGACGCUGACAGCCGCGCAGGAAAUGGGACCGCUCAGACAGCAUAUGGCUGGUAUCUGGACCUGGCAAAGGCAGAGGUAGAGGAGACCGUGCGUUCUGGCGGCAAGCCCGUUGUCCUAGUGGGCCACAGCGCUGGAGGCUGGCUGGCACGUGCUCUGCUUCAGCGAGAGGGCAAGGAUUGGGCGCUGAAUCACGUGCAGGGCCUAGUGUCCCUGGGCACUCCGCAUCGGCCACCCCCGAAAGGGAAGAUGGACAUGACGUUUGGCUGCUUGCGCAAUCUCAACAAAGCCCACCCUGGAGCGUACUUCUCGGACCACCUUUUCUACGUAUCUGUGGCGGGGGAUGCGGUCACUGGUCAGAAGCUGGAAGGCAACAUCCCAAUCGUGGAGCUCAUCCAGUCGCCCUCUCCAGAGUCGACCGCGUGGAAUAGCUAUGUGGCCUUGGGCGGGCUCGGCAAUGCAACCGGCGAUGGCUUGGUGCCGGUGGACUGGGCUCACCUACAGGGUGCAGAGCAGCUGACCCUGAAGGGCUGCCUACACAGCAUCAACGUGGCAGGAACCACGCGGCCCACGAACCGCUCUUACCUGUGCGAGCACUUUGUCGAUGCAUGGGUGGAGAAGGUCCUGGAGAGCAUUCGGGAAGAAACACCAGAAGCUGCAGUCCGCUAG